CGUUUUUCCAUGAGAAAUCGACGGAAUUUCGCGCUGUUUGGAACGAUAUAAGGCACCGUUUUGGUCGCUCUUUGAUGUUUUCUUCUUCGGCUUCGAUUCCGGAUAGAAUGGACUGCAGACAUCGCUCGAUCUUGGGGGUUUUCGUUUGUUAGUUUCGGAUUGAGGGAGCCGACCCAGAUGGCAACUGAGGCCUUUUUUUUCUUGUUCCAAAUCUUCCUUUUUCGUUUUUUGAACCUUGGAUGGGUCCGAUUCCUCUAUUUCUUGUUUGGAUAACCUCUUUUCUCUUUCCUCUCUCCAUUUUUUCCGUUCGAAAUUGUAACUUUGGGAUUCUACGAUGGAAUUCCAACUCCGGCAGAUAGGAAUAUAUGUAUGUCCAUUGUUAAAGAUUAGUUUUCUUGCGAAUUUCUGGAAGUUGUACCUAUUUUCCCUACUUCGGAUCUCGCAAUCCCUUUCAUACUUGGAAUCCCCUGUUUCCUGUACCAAAUUCAAAUUAUUCUCUUCCUAAUUAGGUGGCUAGUUUACUUUUGUGGAAGUUUUUCUUUUGACACGUUAAAAGGUUUGGUUUAUUUUUCUUUAUUUGGUAGAAUUGUAAUUUUGUAUAUUUUGCUUUAAAGAAAGGACCUUUUCUUGGUUCUUUGUUCUGAUGUUGAGGAGAAUUGAUUGAAUUGAAAGGUAGUUGAUCGAAAUGGAAAAUAGGAGGGCAAGUUAGUGGACUUACCUUUUUUGCAUCCGUUGAUCAAAAUUUAUGUGUAUUGCUUGUGCAGCUCAAUGAAAUUUUAGUUUAUAACGCAGGUGUUCUUAUUUUUUUGUUUAAGAUUUACUAGUAGAAUUUUUCAUGCUGGAUUGCUCUGAUUCCAUUUUUGGAUAAAAAAACUAAAGAAAGAAUGGAUUUUCAUCUAUGAAAUCACCAAAAGUAAGCAUCAAAUGCAAGAUAUUCAGUUGUCUUUGUUUAUAUAUUUGAAUAAAGGCUAGGUGUUUUUAUAGAUGCAAUUUGGAGGGUGUAGAUCCUUAGAUAUAAGAUGGGAAAGAUUAUUUCUGUAGUAAAAUAUAGAUAGAAAGAUCCCUUUACUUUUGCUGAUGUAUUAUGAAUAUUUGAGGAUUUACUUAAAUCACUGAAAUCGGCCGCAUCUAUGCUGUUUGUUUCCCCUAAUAUGUGUCUAUAAAAAAUUCUUCUGUUUCUCUUUGACUUUAAUUCUUCAUUGCUAUGCAUGGAAUUCUAAUAUUUAGAAGCAUCUUAAAAAUUAAGUUAUAUGAACUAUAAAUGCAUAAAUAGUGAUAACUUUUGAAAUAGAAGACAAUUGAUUAUUCAAUCAAUGCAGAGCAUAGCCCUCUUGUUAGGUUACACAUAUUUAACAGGCAUCAAAAUUGCUGUUGUUUAAACUGUUGUUCUUGUACAAUGGCCUUUACUACAUCAUAUCAAUAGUAGCUUCUUUUUGAUCCAAAUAAUUGAUGCAUGUGAACAGUUCUUAUUUCAGCUGUUACUGUUAUUCUAUUGCUAUUGGUUAUUAUUUUCCACUGUAUGCAUCCAUAUAAAAUGGUAAACUUAGGAGGUGACAAAACAGGAUAAAUAUUGGUGAAACUGUGGAACACUGAUAAUUAAGUUGAUGAAGCCAGAAGUUGCAGUGACCAAAUUUUCGUUUCUUUGUGAGAGGAUUUUUUUUUUUUUUAAUCCAUAAAAGUUGCUUUACUUUCUAAAAGAGUUCUUAUAGAACAACCAUAUUAAGAGUCUUUUAGCAAUCCCCAAACUUUGGGACAAACAGGUGGCCCUUCUAAGAUAAUAUCUUGUAUUGGUACAGCUAAAUAUCGCAUAAUCUAUGGACUAAAGUUUGCUUAAGAAAUGGAACACUAGAACUAAAGUUGCGUGAUUAAAUGCAAUAACUUUUGCAUGAAUUUAUUUUGUUAGGAAUCUAGAAGCCAAAUUUUAUACUCUAAGUUGAUCCCCCGUUUUCAUCACAAUAGAGUUGGCAUUGCCUUGUUCCAGCCAGUCAUUUUGGUGAUAGAAUUUAUUAUUCUAUGGUGGCCCCUGUCUUUAAUUACUUGCCUUGUUAGGCUGCUGCUGUUGGAUGCCUAUUCUCUCCAGACUACCAACCUGCAUUUAGACUUAGGGUCACAUGGCUACUCUUGGUUGAUGGUUCCACUCCAUCUCUUGAAAGCUUAUUGAUGAUUCCUAUCUUGUUUGGUGGUGUUUCUGGUGUCAAAUUGAGCAUUUAGUCCUAUCAACCAGGUGCCCAAAAAGGAGAGCAUCCAUAGCAAGAUGGAGGUACAAAGGCCAGCAGAGGGAUGCUCGAGCCAAGGCAUGGAGGAAAUUCAGCUGAGUCAGGAACCACUGAAGAAAUGUGGCAUGGAUGCUGGCAUAGCAGCAUCAUCCAAUGGAUGCUUCGAUUGCAACAUAUGCUUGGACUUUGCCGUCGACCCGGUGGUGACGCUCUGUGGCCAUCUCUACUGCUGGCCAUGCAUAUACAAGUGGCUGCAGCAGGCUGAAAGCAUCUCCCAGCAGCAGUGCCCCGUCUGCAAGGCAUCCAUCUCUGAGAACACCCUGGUGCCGCUCUAUGGCCGGGGUCACAGCACCAAGAGACCCCAAGAGACCCUUGAGAUCCCUCGUCGUCCCUCGGUCCAUCGGGGGGCAAUGGAGCUCCAAUCCUCAUCCACAAGCAGCGACGAGGAGCGGUACAGCGAUUUGUACCCACCAAUUCUCAGGCAUCAGCAACAGCAUUACCAUCUCCAUCAGCAGGAGCAUCACCGCUAUCCUUCUUACUACAGCAUUCCUGGCAGUGAUCCCAUGCCACCAUCCUCCCCACGUGUGACCGGUUCGGCAUAUGGGGGAGCGCUUGGGGGAUUGGCAGUUGCAGUGCUCCCAUGGGUGUUCAGGAAUCAGGAGGCAGCUAGCUGGUCCUACCCAAGUAGCCCAUACUAUCCUGCAGGGAAUGGGAGCAGUCCAAGGCUGAGGAGGCAGGAGAUGGAGCUGGAGAGAGUGCUCCAUCAGAUAUGGGUUUUCCUCUUCUGCUGUGCUAUGCUGUGCCUGCUCUUUUUCUGAGUGUGGAUAGACUGUUUGAUUACAUUUUUGUAAUACCUCUUUACUACAAGAGUUAAUUAAGACUUGAGAAAAUUAUUGACUGGUCUUUGUUGAUCGACAUACAACACACACACACACACACAAACAAAUAGAAAUGGCAGACAAUUUUGUGAUCGGAAGGGGCAAAAAAAUCUAAUAAAAUCUUAUAGCUCUUCUAAGUGUC